UGGACUUAUCGUAUUUGUGAGGCGGAGGUGAUCCUUCUACAAGAAAUAGUUGAACAUACCAUCAAAAUGUUCGCAUCGCUAAAUACUCGGCACUCAAUCUUCGGUGCAGAGACUCGCAUCUCGAAAGUCUUCGGUUGAAUUCGUUAUUCCUAUCUACUCGUACUCGACGAGGAAUACUCGUGUACGUUUCCGAUUAUUUAAUUUACAUUCCUCGUGCUCGUAAAUUAAAUCGUGUUGAUGAUAAAAAUCGAAUGGGAUAAGAAAGAAUUAGGAUUUAGGAAUAACGAAUUACACAAUAACAAUAAUAUAUGGUUGAUCUUUUUUUUUUGGGGGAAUAUUCGCAGCACCUUACCUUACUGAAAACUGAGGUGCUGAAUAUUUGGAUUUUUCGGCAUUGAAUAACUCCAAAAAGUUUCAAUUGCAUUUCUAUCUACAUUUUCCAAAAAAAUAGAUUCUAAUAAAUUGCCGGCAUUCGAUGCUUCUGUCAUCCUCUUUUAUAUGGAUGGGAUGAAUUCUCAAGAGAUGUUGUCUGAGAUUAGUAAAGUGGUUCCACCAAAAUAUUUGAAUUUUUUCUACAAAAUAUACACACAGCCACUUGAUUAUCAUCUUUGCUGAAUUAUUUCCAAACAAACGACUCUGGCUCCAGGACGCAUUUUUAUUUUCGGAAAGAAUUAAUCGUUCCAAGAUUUCGUUGGAACAUUCAAACUGAAAGAGACUGAAAUGUAUGAGAGGAAGAAGGGUUUAUAAUAAAAUUUAUGAAACUUCAACUCCAGUUUCAAAUAAAUUAGGAAUAGAAACUCAAAGAUUUCCUAAUUAUUGGUGUAAUGGAAUAAAAAAUUUCAUGUCAUAAAUCUCAGGCAUCCAGGGUGACUUCCCGAAGACGCAUAUUCAGCUGAGUAAUAAAUUGUUCCCGGUGAUUGAAUGAUCCAAAUGUCCAUCAAGGCAUAAAAUGUGUAGUUUAUUACUUAGCGCAACAUAUUCGGGAAUCUUUGUCUAUUGCCGACUACAUUUCAACGCAAUGAAGGUAGAUCAUAUGGCAAUAUGGCAUACGAGGAUUUUUGAAAUGCUCGGUUGACGAUUAACCGAGUAUUGAAAACAUCCGAUUAUGCCCAACACUAUGCGAAACCCAUUUUCAAACCAGGCAUCAAGUCUGUUCUUGAAGGUAUUUACGGAAGGUGCAUUCACGACGUCACCGGGGAGUCUAUUCCAUACACGGAACACUCUAUUAGAAAUGAAAUAUUCGCGGCACUUUGCACUUAGUUCUUAGGUACGGUGCAUAAAUGCACCAAUAGUCACUGUAAUUUUCAGAUGCCUAUGAGUGAAACAAAGAAAUAUUGAUUUAUCCGAGUUCUGUCAAAGACUAGUUGUCUGUGGUUCUAUUAUCUGUGUCCCAUUUCAGAUAACCUAGAAAAAUUAUGUCGAAGAAUUGUAAACAUCGAACUUAUAACUAAACAUAAUUCCUUUAAGGGGUUCCAGGUGAUGAAAAUAAUAAUCAAAAAGAAAGUUAACGAAAAGAAAAUAUCAAUCAAAAAUGACGGAGGAAAAAUUACUCAAUUAUAUACCAAGUGACUUGCAGGAAUUAGCAAGAGUAGUAGUUCGAGGUUUUUAUUGUAUAGAAGAUACUUUGAUUAUAGAUAUGCUCAUUGCUAAUCCAUGUAUGAAGGAAGAUGAUAUAUGUGAAUUACUAAAAUUUGACAAAAAAAUGUUGAGAGUACGUAUAGCUGUUCUGAAAAAUGAUAAAUUUGUCCAAGUUCGUUUGAAAAUGGAAACAGGGUUGGAUGGUAAAGCUCAAAAAGUUAACUAUUAUUUUAUAAAUUAUAAAUCUUUUGUGAAUGUUGUAAAAUAUAAACUUGAUUUAAUGAGGAAGCGAUUGGAAACUGAAGAAAGAGAUGCAACAAGUAGAGCUAGUUUCAAAUGUCCAAGUUGUUUAAAAACAUUCACCGAUUUAGAAGCUGACCAAUUGUUUGAUUUUAUGACCAGUGAAUUUCGAUGUACAUACUGUAGGGAAGUAGUGGAAGAAGAUUCAUCAGCAUUUCCUAAGAAAGAUUCCAGAUUGUUAUUAGCAAAGUUCAAUGAACAAUUGGAACCUCUUUACAGACUUUUACGUAAAGUUGAGGGUAUCAAAUUGGCUCCAGAAGUAUUAGAACCUGAACCAAUAGACAUUAGCACUAUCAAGGGCAUUGAUAAGAAAAUUGCUCAUCCUACAGGAGAUGCUUGGUCUGGAGAACAAACAAGACAUGCAGGUUUUAUGGUUGAGGAAACUAGAGUAGAUAUUACAAUUGGAGAGGAAGCUAAUGAUGAUUCUGCUACUGCCAGAAAAGAACAACCAAUUUGGAUGACCCAAUCUACUGUUAUUACUAAUGCUGAUUCUUCAUCAGAUAUUAAGAUUGAAGAUUCAAAUAUUAGCAGUAAUAUGGAUUCAACAAUGAACUCUAAAAACGAAGAUAUAAUGAGUGUUCUGCUUGCUCAUGAAAAACGACCCUCAGCUAACGCUGUUAAUAGUUUGAAGUCUGUGAAGCAUGACUCAGAUUCUAGUGAGGAUGAAUUGAAUGAAGUUAAAGAUGAAGUUGGUGAUAUUGAAGCUAUGGACAGUGAUGAUGAAGAUGAUGGAAAUGUUCCUAUGGUUACAGUUGGUAACAAAACCUACAGUAUUACAGAUAUAAAUGACUCUAUAAUUGCUGAAAUGAAUCAAUCAGAGAAGGAAAUUUAUGUACAAGUUUUUCAGGACUAUUAUUCUCAUAUGAGUUAUUAAUUUAAUCAUCUUAUUUUUCACUAACUUUUCUUCAUUCCUCGAAGUUGAAGAGUAAAAUGUAUAUAUAAUAAAUAAGUUUUAAGUCUUCAAUAAAGGUAAUUAUUUUGAUUUAA